UGGUAAAAUCUAAAAUUCCAAAGGAGUUUAAUCUCUCCUCAGACUCCAACUCGCAUUAGUCGCAUCUGCUCGUCAUCUCUUAAAACCCUCCAACAGAACCACCAUUCUGCAGUUGCAUCACCACCUCUAUACGGCGGCGCCUCUGCCAUUUUGGAUUUCAAUUUGAGGGACUUCCAAUCCCCUCUCCUUCUCUGGCGCUUCUAUUCUUGCCUUUGACGACAAUUUGAAAAAGCAAUGGAUUCAAUCAGCCCUGCAGAGCGCAGAUACUUUGAAGAUGAUGACACACCCAUGAUGAAGGUGAUUAAGGGUACAACUAGUGGUUUAGCAGCUGGAACAAUCUUUGGUACCGUUGUGGCAACAUGGUAUGAUGUGCCACGUGUUGAGAGACAAGUUGCACUACCAGGAUUGAUAAGGACUUUGAAGAUGAUGGGAAACUAUGGACUAACUUUUGCUGCUAUAGGUGGUAUUUACAUUGGUGCAGAGCAGUUGGUGCAGCAUUAUAGGGCGAAAAGAGAUUUCGUUAACGGAGCCGUUGGUGGCUUUGUUGCUGGAGCGGCUGUUUUGGGCUCCAAAGGAAGGAGCAUUCCAACAGCAAUCUCUGCUGGAGCUGCAUUGGCUGUGACUUCUGCUCUAAUUGAUGUUGGAGGUCAGACAACAAGAGUUGACAAUGGUAAGGAGUACUACCCGUACACUGUCAAGAAAAGGCCUGCACCCACAGAAUAGCCUCGCAUUACUGUUUUCGUGUUUGAGAGGCGAUGCUUUGGCUUAUUCUCAAAAAAGAUGUAUUUUCCUAUGUAUCUUUCUGCCUUAGCCUUUACCUCUAAAACUCAUUAACUGCAGUUUGUUGACUGAAUUGUUGAAUAAAUUUGUACUGCCAAAUCGAAAGUUGUUUUUUUUGUUUGACCUAUUUCAGUGUAAAAACAUUGUGCUGGUUCUUGAUGUCCUUAGAGAACAAGGAUGUAUAAUUCUUGAUAUAUUAACUAGUCAGUGGGCUGUAAAUUUCUCAA